CGAAAAAAAAGCAAAAGUUGUGUAGUAGUAGUAGAAGAAGAAAAGAAAGAGAGAAACCACUCUCUCAGACUCGCACAGUUGAUAGUCAGUCUCAGUCUAAGGCAGCAGCAUAUACUGUGCUUUGCUUUCUCUCUCUCUAUACAUUUAUUUUUUUUUGGCUAAGAGAGGAGAAAGAGUGCUAGAACGACCAGAGCUUUGAAGAACAAACCCUAAUUAUUCUUGCAUUUUGGUUCUUGAAGAAAGCAAGCAAUGGAGCUUUGAUGAAGAUUUGAAUACCCAAUUUGGUUUGGUGAGUGACUACAUUUGAACAUUAAGAAGAUUGGAGCACUUUGAUAAGCUGAUUUUGGAGCUGAGCUACUUCUAAAGAAACCCUAGAUAAAGAGUGAGAGAGAGGGGAAAGAAAGGCUUUGUUAAAAGUACUUAUAGGCUGAAUCUAACCCCCCUUUUUUGAAUCAUCGAAACUAAGAGAAAUUUGUGUAAUGAUAGAUGAUUGAUUGCUGCCAAUGAAUCCAAUUUCUGAGCCGAAGUUGCUUCCCAGCCAGAUGCCCGUAGCAGGUCAAGAAUCGAAUAAUUUGCUUCUCAAAGUUGGAAUAGAGCAAAGCUUACUAACAAGUGCAAGACAGUCGAAAAGUUCAGAUUCACCGGCCCUUGUCAAAUCAUGGAAAGGGGAAGACUCUUUCCAAGAAUUGGAGGAAGGUUUUCCUGUUGAUGUGAUCUUUAAGGGCAUUGACGAUUCAAAUGAAGAAGGCGGACCUAGCUCCUUUUCUGGUGCUAGUCAUCCCCCUGAGCCAGUAGACACAGAUUUGAUGCGGCCAGUCUAUGUUGCAAUUGGUAAAACCAAAUCCGACCCAGGGUCCUUAGUCAGAAGUAUGUCACUGAAGGGACCUUUUGUAGAUGAUCUUUCAAUUCGGCCUCCGGGUGCUAAAGCUCAACCUAACAAAGCUGUUCUUUCACCUAAAAAAAGCAUAAAUGAAGAACCUAAUGACAUAGGUGUAAUAUCUUCUCCAUUUACUGUUUCGCGUGCAUCACAAACUACAGACAACGGAAUUCUGCCGCAUGAUUCUGACGAGAGGGAGUGCGUUUGGGAUGCGUCUUUGCCUCCUAGUGGUAAUGUAAGCCCACACAGUAGCAUUGAUAGUACGGGGGUUGUCACUGCUAUGAGCAUUGUUAAUAGUCGAACCAGUACUUAUCGAAGCGAGGGAGUUACUAGUGAUGGAAUGAUGAGUAUUGACAGAAAUUGGGAGAGUGCCAAAGGGAGUGCAAGAGGUGACUCACUUGAGAGUGAGAAAACUAGUGUUAGUCGGGCAAGUGAUAGCAGUGGUCUUAGUGAUGAUAGCAAUUGGAGUAAUAAUACAGGGAGUGCCAAUAAACCUCACAAAGGAAAUGAUCCCCGAUGGAAGGCUAUCUUAGCCGUCCGAUCACGAGAUGGAAUGUUGGGAAUGAGUCAUUUUAGAUUGCUCAAACGGCUUGGUUGUGGAGAUAUUGGGAGUGUAUAUCUUUCUGAACUGAGCGGGACUAGGUGUUAUUUCGCUAUGAAGGUUAUGGACAAAGCAUCCCUAGCAAGCAGAAAAAAGUUAACGAGAGCUCAGACAGAAAGAGAAAUCCUGCAACUGUUGGACCAUCCGUUCUUGCCAACCCUGUACACACAUUUUGAGACGGAUAGAUUCUCAUGCUUGGUCAUGGAGUUCUGCCCAGGUGGAGAUUUACACACUCUGAGGCAACGGCAGCCUGGGAAGCACUUCUCCGAGUAUGCAGCAAGGUUUUAUGCUGCAGAGGUGCUUUUGGCUCUUGAAUAUCUCCAUAUGCUCGGAGUUGUGUACAGAGACUUAAAACCAGAAAAUGUUCUUGUGCGGGAUGAUGGUCACAUUAUGCUCUCAGACUUUGAUCUCUCCCUUAGAUCUGCAGUCUCACCAACCUUAAUUAGAACGUCAUACGACUCGGGCCCAUCCAAACGAGGUACCAGCGGUGCAUUUUGUGUUCAACCUGCCUGCAUUGAACCCUCAUCUGCCUGUAUCCAGCCAGCAUGUUUCCUCCCACGUAUUUUUCCUAAAAAAAAUAAGACAAAAACUCGAAAACCUAGAAUGGAUCACGGGCAGCCAACUUCCACCCUACCAGAGCUUCUCGCAGAACCAACAGCUGCUCGGUCAAUGUCUUUCGUUGGCACACACGAAUACCUUGCCCCCGAAAUCAUCAAGGGAGAAGGGCAUGGGAGUGCGGUAGAUUGGUGGACUUUUGGUAUCUUUCUGCAUGAGCUCCUCUAUGGAAAGACCCCAUUCAAGGGCUCUGGCAACAGGGCAACACUUUUCAAUGUUGUGGGGCAGCAGCUGAGAUUUCCAGAUUCACCAGCAACAAGCUACGCUGGUAGAGAUUUGAUUCGUGGGCUUCUAGUAAAGGAGCCUCAGCAUCGGUUAGGUGUAAAGAGGGGAGCAACAGAAAUAAAGCAACACCCUUUCUUUGAAGGUGUGAAUUGGGCACUGAUAAGGUGCAGCACUCCACCGGAAGUUCCCAGGUUAGUUGAGACUGAGUUUUCGGGGAAGUUUGGGGCUGUUGACCCCGUUGGUGUUGGGAGUAAUAGUAAGAGAAUGGUAGGAACUGACAUGAAAUCUGGGGGUAAAUAUCUGGAUUUCGAGUUCUUUUGAGUUAGUAUUGAUCAGAGAUUCUUCUCUUAAUAUAAUGUCGUUGUGUUAGUAUGAAUGGUUGAAAUUUCAUCUUAGUAGAGGUUGUUCGUGUUCUCCAAUUUAUUGUAUAGUCUCUACUUCACCGAAGGGCGUGGACCUCUUCUGAUAUUGGCACAGAUAACUGCUGUCAUAUCAAGAUAAAUAUCGAAUUCGCCACUGCGCCGGUAUCUCUAGUGCAUUAGCUAGACAUAUACUGGAUGAACUCGUGGAUUCUUAAGCUGUAAUCCAUACAGGUUCAGAAAAUAAGUGAAUUAUACAUGUGAUCAUACUUGUUUAGCUUUCCAA